AUAUAUCCGUAUGUUUUCGACACUCCGCAUUUCACACACAAGUGCUACGUAGAAAUUGACUAAUUUAAUACAUUUGAGUCACUGACAUCUACCCUGAUGGACAUUUAGUACCCUUAUUGGAAAACAUAGAAGCUCUCCGACAACAAGAAGAUGUUUCAACGGGGUCGACAGGACGAAAGGCUCCGUUUAAAACGAGUAAUUGAAUUAUGGAAUGCCAGUCGAUUGGAUCUUUUUGAGAUCACCGAACCAGAUGAGCAUCUGGAAUUCUUCGGUGUGAUGCGUUUUUUCUUCCAGGAGGAAGGCGAUAAAGUGACGUCCAAAUGCAUCCGUGUUUCUAGCUCAGCCAACACCCUGGAUGUCACCAACAUACUGAUUGAGAAGUUUCAUCCAGAUUUGCGUAUGCUCUCCAUCCCGGAUUAUGUAUUGGUGGAAGUACACGCAAACGGCGAGGAGCGCUUCUUGAAGAAAGAUGAGCAUCCUCUCAAAGUACAGCUCAACUGGAGCGAGGAUCUCAGGGAAGGUCGGUUCCUUCUCAAGAUGGCCACCGACAGCACGAAGGUGAACCUGUACGUCAACGAGCCGGAACCGCCGGCGAUGAAAAGAAAGUUAUCUCGUAGAGAAAAGAAAGAGCAGAAGAAGAAAGAUAAAGAAGCCAAACUCAAGAGUAAGACGGAGAAAGAAGAAAACAAGACAGACAAACUCUAUCAAGACCUUUCCAAGUCGCGCUUCACUCGUACAAUCUCUAACCCCGAGAUGGUGAUGAAACGACAACGUCAGAAGAAGCUAGAGCAGAUGGAACGCUUCAAGAACCGCCCACAUUCAGGGGGCGCAUUGAAGAUCUACGCCCACACACUGUUCCCAGAGGUCCCAUAUAAGACUCUACUAGUCGAUGUCAGCAGACCCUCGGACAGCAUCGUCAAGGAAGCCUUGGAGAAGUUUGGCAAGCCCAAAGAAGACCCUCUGGAGUUCUGUCUAGUCAAGGUGGUGGUUCCACCCAAUGAGGAUCCUGCUGCGUAUAUUGAGAAGGGUGGCUGGGGUAAAGAACACAUUAUGGAUGACGAUGAGUCACCGUUAGAAGCUGUCAUGAGAUGGCCAGAUGCCAGAGGUGAGUUGAUCUUUGAGUUGAAACUGCGGCCGACUGACUAUAAGCCUAGACUACAGAAACAAAGACAGGACAAGGAGAACGACAUGCAUCCACAAAGGAUCCCCCUAGAGAGACUGCCGUACUUCCUGGAACUAAACGAAGAUGGGACGGACAUUAUUGACUACAAACCUAAGAGGUAUCGUCUGCAGGAGAAUGUGACUGAAGUCGGCAGUGAACAUGAAGUGUCAAACACUGGUCAAUACCUACAGCUGUUUUCCCCCGGUAUCCAGCCCCGUCACUGCGUAGUAGCUAACAUGGAGGGCGUAGUUACCGUCACGCCCACUAGCCCUGAGUCAGAGACCUACGUGAAUGGUCAGCGCAUAUAUGAGACCACUAUGCUGCAGCAUGGUGCGGUGGUCAGGUUCGGUAGACAUCACUGUUUCCGAUUCUGCGACCCGGAGGUUGAAGAUCCGGAUUGGGCGAGGAGAGAGCAGAAGAAACCAAACAAUUUUGAGACAACGUUUGAGGUGGACGGUAAGGUUCAGACCAAUAACGGACAACUUGAGAAGAAGAAGACUAGACCACCGGAGGUUCUGCCGGCUACUCUAGAGUUCAAAGAAGCUGCGGAGGACAAAUUCCUGAGCGCCUUCAUCCACGAAGUAAACGGUGCCAACAUUUACUUCAAGCUUGCCCCGACCUACACCCUGUACCUCGGGUGCCGCUUCAGGCUGUCCAAGCUGUAUCGACCAGAAAUGGGACCCACUGAGCGUGCUCAGAGACUGACAGCAUUCCUCAAUAAAACGGCAGAUCUGAUCGAUCGCACAGUGGAGAAAAACAAUCAGAUUGCCGGCGUGUUGGCGUUCUGGUUGGCCAACGCGUCUGAGUUCCUUCACUUCAUCAAAGAGGAUCAAGCACUGAGUAGCAUCUCCCAAGACGCCCAGGACAUCCUACAGCAUUGCAUCCAACAGAUAUUCAGGCAUCUUGUGCACAGUAUCCAGCGAGAGAUGAACAUGAUGUUAUCUGCCUAUUUGGAUCCAAGUGAAGAGGCCGACGCAGAAAGAGAUAUGUCAACAGAUGACGAUAAGAGUAACGAUGGAUGGAGAGGAGGUUCCAAGGAUAAUCCGUUACGCAUCAGCGCUCGCUGGCUCAAUCCACCCAACCAUGGCCCUCCGCAGACCAGGCCAACCGUGGGUGACGUGGUUCAUGUCUUCCAUUCUGUCAUGACGCUCCUCCGUCGAUGUCGAGUCAAUGCCGGUCUCACCAUUCAGCUCUUCUCCCAGCUCUUCCACUUUGUCGGUGCUUGGUUAUUCAACAAGCUCAUCGCUAACCAGCAGCUUCGGCUGGGCCAUCGGGACGGUGCAGCCAUGUUGAUGAGGAGACUCCAUCGGAUUAUAGUGUGGGCUGAGAAGCAAGGACUCGAGCUGGCUGCUGAGGCGCACACCAGCAAGAUCACACAGGCACUAAAGUUGUUGAUGGCACCUAAAGAUUCCAGGGAGGCCCUAAGUACAGCAUGCUCGCAAUGCUUCAAACUCAACUCAAGACAACUCCGAGCUCUCCUGGAGAACUACAUCCCGUCCCACAACGAGAGUCAAAUCCCAAAUGAGAUCAUUAUGAAGCUGGUAGCAGUGGCUCAAACCACUAACGAUGAACCCUCCCCAGAUGGUCGCCCUGUACCCUUAGAAGAAGACACUGAGCUGCGUCUCGCGUUGAUAGUUCCCGAGGACGGAUACUCAUGUGAGAUAGUGAAAGGUGUACCCACAGGGCUCCAGGAAUUCCUGGAGCCAUUACUACGGGCAGGUCUGGCAAGAUUAACCGUAAACCCAACCUCCUCAGGUGAUUGGACGGUUUAUCUGUAUGGAAGCCAAAACGCUUUAGAACUUGGACCCCCGUCACACAUGCAGCAACCGGGACCCCCACCCCACAUGCGAGAACAAGGACCCCCACCCCACAUGCGAGAACAGGGACCCCCACCCCACAUGCGGGAACAGGGACCCCCACCCCACAUGCAACCAGGACCCCCACCCCACAUGCGGGAACAAGGCCCCCCACCCCACAUUCAGCAGCAAGGGCCCCCACCCCACUUGCGGGAACAGGGACCCUCUCCCCAUGGUCCCCCACACCAGCCCUCUACACUGCAGAGACAACAGCAGCAAGAGCAGCAGAGUGCACCCCCGAUGUCACCAGUCAUGAUGAAGCCUGCCCCUCAAGUCCGUGCCGAUGCCAAAGCGCCACCAGGCAAGGAAGCAGAAGUCUUCAGUAUUCAGCUGAACAAGGGAGGAAGUCGUAUGGGUCUUAGUAUUGUCGCAGCCAAGGGUCAAGGUCAAGAGAAGAUGGGUGUCUACGUCAAGGCGGUAGUACCAGGCGCUGCUGCUCAUAAGGAUGGUCGCAUAAUGGCCGGUGAUCAGAUUCUCGAGGUGGAUGGAAACAGUCUGGUUGGCUGUACCCAAGAGCAAGCUGCGAUGUUCCUAAUGAAAACUGGUCAGAUAGUGAGAUUGAAGAUCGCUAAGCAGGGAGCCAUCUUUCAUGGCUUAGCAGCUAUUCUUAGCCAGGCCUCGCCUCCAAUGCAAAGAGCUAACAAAGGAGCCCAACCAUCACCAUCUCAGUCAGGGCCGCCUACCCCAACUCAACCUGGCCCACAGAUGCGCCCUAAGAGUGAAGAUAUCUCUCGUGUCUUAGCGCCCCAGGGGCGAUACCCUGGAGAGAGCCGGGAGUGGCCCACACAGCGUGAUGGUCCGACAGCGGCACCAAGGCGCUAUGACAUGACACAAGCAGACUACGCUAAGUCCUCUCCAAAUCUAGUGGAAGAACCAAGACAGCGUAUACAGUCUGAGAGAGAUUUGUAUGCAACAGUCAACAAAGACCCUUAUGCUAGACACCGGGGCCAUCCACAACACAAUCAGCAGAUGUAUCAGCGCUCAAAGUCUACCUCUCACUUGGAUCCAGAGCUCGAUAUGGACAAUCGUGAACUCCCUCGACAGGCCAUGUCCCAGGCUAAUGUAAGAGCUCCACCACCUGGAGCCGUACAGGUCAUGGGUGCUCCAAUUCCCGCACCACGCCUCAAGGAAGUCCAGUAUGCAGAGCCUCUCACUAAGGAAGAGAUCGCGCGUGAAGAACAGGCAGAAAGGGCUAAGGAAGCCAGAGAAAGACAGGAGAAGCUCAAGGAAGAAAGACUGAAGGAAGAGAAGAAGAAAGAGGAAAGGGAUAGAGUGGAGCGGGAACGAAGAGAGCAAGAGGAGAAGGUCAGGCAAGAGAGACUGCAAGAGGAGCGCUUAAGAGAGGAAAAAAUGCGUGAGGAAAGAAUGAAAGAAGAAAGAGCAAAAGCUGAGCAAGCUAGGAUACAGCGACUCAGAGAAGAAAGGGCCAAAGAAGAGCGGGCUAGAGAGGAAAGGGCAAGGGAGGAACAGGUCCGAGAAGCACGGGCCAGGGAAGAGCAAGCAAGAGAAGCACGGGCCAGGGAAGAAAGAGCUAAAGAAGAACGGGCCAAGGAGGAGCGAAUUCGAGAAGAACAGGUCCAACAUGCUCGGGAGCAAAGAGAGCGGGAAGAGAGGAUGAAAGAGGAACGGGCAAGGGAAGAGAUGGUGAGAAUCCAGAGGUUGAGAGAAGAGCGCGCCAGAGAGGAAAGUGUCCGUGAAGAACGGGAGAAAGAGCAACGGCUCAAAGAAGAGAGAGCACGCGAGGAAAGAGAGCGUGAAGUGAGAGCCAAGGAAGAACAAGAGCGAUACUAUCGCCAAAGUGAUCCUCGCCAACAACCCCAAGCUGGGCAGUACCAGCAGGGUCAGCGUGAUCGGUAUGGCUCACAGGCCAGCAUGCCUGUAAGUUCAGCCCCUCAAAGUAACUACCAAUACAGUGACCUGGGAGAUUCACAGUACGGCUGGGAGGCCAACAGGUCGUCGACAGUUCCUAGAUCUUCAGCUUCUCAGAUGGACAACAGGUACGGUCCACAGCAAGACUACCUCCCUGUCAAUGUCCAACAACGCCAGAUGUAUCAGAGUGCACCUUACAGUACAGCUGAUAGUCAGAGGGUUGAAACACCUCCUCCACCACCUCCGCCCCCGUCUGACAGUUACGAUGAGUUCCCACCGCCCCCGAUGGAUCUCCCUCCACCCCCUCCCAAUAUGGACUACCAGCAGGACCUUCCUCCACCUCCCCCACCGAGUGGUCAAGCAAGUCAGUCCCUACCUCCUGGGGCAAUGCAGCAGUACCAGGUAUGGCAUGAUCAAGAGAAGAGGCGUCUGCAAGAAGAGCGUGAGAGGAGGAUGAGGGAGAAGCAGGCCUUGGUUGAGAAUCAGCGUCAGGCUUAUCAGGAUUCUAAACGCCCAAAUAAUCAACGUCAAGAACCACCACAUCCUCAGCAACAAGAGCGGCCUGCCUAUGCGUCACUGCCAAGGCAAGGGCGCAUACAGAGACACGGAUCCGUCGGUAACGAUCAACGGCCGGAACUACAGAGACAGAACUCUGGUCCUAAACCCGUACCCAUCCCACGGGCUCCUGGCAGGAAGCCCUCAAACAGUGAUGACGGGCCCAGCAGACCCCACAGUGAGCAUUACCCAGGCGAUGGUGUGCCUCAGUCACCUGUACGACCACUCAGUCAGAAUUACGAAUCCCCAUUGCAGGCCAGUCCAGACCCAAGGGGAAGAUACACCUCAAACAAUGAAGGGCUAAGCCCUGCUCAAAAUAACCGCCCUCCGGUUGCCCCAGGGAACUGGAGUGCAACAAGAGACCUUCACACCUCACAUGAAGAUCUUAAAGGCCCGUCUCCAUGGAAACGGGAAGAAAGAGAGAAGUGGGAACUUCGGCAGGAGGAGCAAAAGAAGAUGAUCCGAGAACAGGCUAUCGAAGAGUUAAUAAGACAAGAUACUUUGACUCCACAGCAACAGGAGAGACUGAGAAAGCUUCGAAUGGAGCAAGAAUUCCAACGGCGUCUGGACGAGUCGCGGGCAGAAAACGAAGAAGAGGACGCUGAUGAAGAGGAGUCAAAUAAGAGACGGGAGCAGUUUGAGAUGGCUCAGGCUCAAGCUGAGAGACUCUUGAUUCAACAGCAAGUGGCGCAGACAGCGUCUCGAGAACAGCAAGAGCAGCAGUUGGAGAGACUGUCAGGAGCCUUGGCCGAGGAGAGAGCUCGACAGCAGCAGAUCAUGCAGCAGCAGGAAGAAGAGUACUUCCAGCGUAAGCGAGAACACCGGGAGCUCCAUCAGGCCGAGCAAGACCAGUUCAUGAGACAAAUCAACCAGGAGCAAGGGACCAACAGACAGGAGGAGGAGAUGCAGAGACGCCACGCCAUGCAGAGACAGGAGUACCAGAGACGAGUCGCUGAAAUCGAGCAAGAGCGUCGGCGCAUCGAAGAGCAGUUAUCAUUCAAACCGAAAAGUGGCCCCACCCCUGCGCACUACAACCACAAUGCCGCACACAAUGAUAGCAAUGUUGUACAUACCAAAGUGAAUGUUAGUUUCGUACCUGGACCCGAGAAAACGUACAUUUCUGCAAACCCAGAGAGGGUCCCGUCUGCGAUCAGUAAUCAACGCAUCCCAAGUCAGCGUCCUCAGAUUCAGCCCAAACCAACCAAAGUACCUCCCCCGGUGGCACCCAAGAAAGCAGCAUUCCCGAGCGUGAAGGCUAAUGGCCGUGCCCCGUCAUCCAACUAUUCUUCCAUGGGUCCGGUGCCGUACCAUGCAAACACCUCCACAAUCAGUCAAAUACCAAUGCAGGAGAACAGCGCCUACGAGCCUGCCACUGACUACAACCACUCCCCGAUAACCAACAGCAAACCGAACACCCACCAGUACGCCACGCCGGAAAACUCACAAAAUAUGAAUACUUUCAAAGUCGGGGAUACUCCGUCGGUGAUCGGUGCUCAGGAAGUCUACCGCGACCCUCGCGAUCGUCUCCUCGCCAGUAAGCAACAGCCAAUCAGGGAAGGCAUGACAACGGACAAACUGACUUUCCGAGACAAGAUGAAGAUGUUCACUGAAGACAGCCCUAUUAAGAAGACCAGAGCCUCGAAAUGGGAAAGGGACUUUGUGGCACAAAAUCCACAUCUCAACACAACUUAAAGUUAUUCAGCGAGUGCUAAUUUCAUAGAGCUUAAAUAUCACUUAAAUAAUGCUUAGCACACAAACUUCCUGCAUAGCAGAAAUGGAUUAAGAGCUAAGCUAGGAUGGGCUACUGGUUGUGCGUUAGAGUAUGCUCUGGGGCUUUUUCCAAAUCUCUGCUAAGGCACCGUCUGUAGCUCCGGAACAUCGUACAAAAUUGUACCAUUGCUCCAAAAUUGACGAGCCGGAGCCCAGCCAACCAGCAAGUCAACCAGCCAAAAUGCAUGGUAAUGUGCACUGCUUAGACUGGUUCCCUGCAAAACAUUCUUUGAUUUCACUCUUACAUCACUGCUCCAGCAAUGCAAAGGCCGUAGAUUCUAAUCCCACCAAGUGAUUUUUUUUUCCUCAGAACUCUGAAAAGUAGUGAGUAAACAUGGCGUAAUACAGUGUUUAAACAUAUGGACGAAGGGUAAAAACAAAUUAUAUUCUACAAAUAGUUUUGCGUAAAAAAGCUAAAUAAUUUUUUUGUUUCUUGGGUGGGGGCUGUAGAUGAAAAUGAAUGCACCUUGACCACACAUCUAGAUCUCUUAUUAUUGUUAUAUCACUGCCACUGUAAAUAGUUUUAAGAAAAAAUAACAGAAAUGGUCUAUCAAAAUCUCUUUAGUUUAAUUUGAGCAGCCAGGUAGAAAAACUUAAGUAAUAUAUUUUUGAUAAUCUCAAUAAAAAGUUGGUACACAUGUAUGGGAUUUUUUAAAUUAUGUGAUUUAUGGUUAACCAGAUGUUAUUAAAAAUGUAACUUUCCUUUUAAAUCACACUUGUAGAAUAAGCAAAGAUGCCCAAUAUAUAAUUGCACACAGAUUUAAAGCCACCCUACUAAUGGAUUAUUUUUGUUUAUUUUAUUGUUUUAAUUGGUAGAGGCUGCACAAUCUGUUUUAGGCAAUACUUUGUGCUUACUAAGAAGCUCCUUGAAAUCGCACUGAACGCCAGCAUUGAACAUAUUUCAUAAAGUAAAGUUAAAUUCAGCUCGUGCCUACCAUGUAAAUUACGCAGUUGAUGAAUUCGCCACUUUUCACCAGAACUGUGAAACAUAUUUGUGAGUGAUUGAAAGUAAAGCAUUAGGCUUGAUUUUCCCGCCUUGCUAUGGGAGUGCUUGGCAUUGGUAGUACGGCGAUGUGCAUGGCAAUAGAUAUCUUUAAUCUGUACUCAUGUGUGGUUUUCAGUUGAUGUAUAUUGUUUUAACUUGUCGCAUUAUCGGUAGAACGAUAACAGUUCUGUUGUACAUACGUUUUAAUGUUAUUGAUUUUACCAAUUUUUAAAAAAAUGUUUUUUUAUGAUGAACUACUUGUCGUUGAUUUGCCUGUUUGUGGCGAUUCUGGAAAUUGUUUGCAAAAUGAGUCGGCCUGUUGCGUCUGUGUGUAAUGGUGGGGCCAGAAUGUAAGGAGAGAUACCCAGUGUACACUGAAUGGGAAGAUGUGAAAUCACUGUAAGUACUACAAUGCGUGUACCAUUGAGUGCAUUUUUUUUAAUGGAGUUUUAUAAAAUAAAAUAAAUCCCCAGAUAGUUGAGAAUUUAAUGGGACCAUUUGCAUGAAGUAAUUUGUAAAUAUACAUGCCAGUAUUGAAGUUGUUUUAAAAGUACUUUUUUAUUACUCUCAGAAACUUCAUCCUUUGUAGAAGCAUUUAUCCAUUUCUGUUAAGCAGACAAUACUGCUUAGCAAAUUUCUUUGCUAAACAAAAAAUUAGUGGGACACAAGUUGUAAUGAUGUAGACUUCAUAGAAUUCUGGCUGGUGACCAGUUUCUGUUAAGCAAGAUUUGUCAAAGCUUAGCAGGUUUUUUAUGCUUACAGACUUUAUGAAAUUGGGCCUUAAUGAUUGACGACUUUACAUGUAAUUUAGAAAUUGGGUACAAUUCUGAUUUGUUUUUUGUUCAACUCCCGUCUUAAUAAUUGUGUAUAUAGUAAUGAGAAAUCCUGAGCAUUUUAAAAUAAAAGUGUAUCAUAGUUUUUUAACAAAAGUUGAUUUAUUGGGGAUAAUGUAACCAAAUAUUAAAAAAUAAUGCAUUAGAAUUGUUACAUGUUUCAGUACAUAAAUGGUUGAAAGGGCACUGUCGGCGUGAUGAAGGGAGUCUGUGGCCAGACAUUGAGUAGUUAACUCUCACCCCAAGUCUUUAACAAGCAGACUAUGAUCAUGAUGACAGUUCCCCUUUAAAGUGACAUGUUGCCUUGGAUCAGGCGAGUGGGUCUAUGAAAAGCGUUUGUUAUGAAAUGCAUGGUAGAAAGAUGUUUAAA